CCGGCCGCACAGGAAGUACAGCAGGGCAGGCAGCAGCACCAAUGAGCAGCACCACCAGAGAAAUGGCUGCUAGUUAGCUGGGCUGCUGGCUAGCACGUUGGCCGAUGUUUAUCACCGCAACGUUAUAGCUAACAUAUUACCCUUAAAUGCAGCAUUAUUUAUAAGUUAAUGACUUUCCGGCGGGGCAGUUUGUCAAUAUCAGGGCAAUGUCGGACAGAAAGCGAAGAAGAGAGAAGGAUGACCGACGAGACAACAAGAGACACAAGUCGUCCAAACAGGAUUUUGAGAAACUCAAAACACACACGAAAAAACUCAACCAAAAAGUCCAACAACUGAAACACGUUGAGACGUUCUAUGAGAAACCUCCACCAGGACUCAUAAAGGAGCACGAGGACAAACCAGAGGACUGUAUUCCUGCUGAACCAGGAAAUGAAGAAGCCAGGAGCUUCCUGGCCCACGCCCCCACCAAAGGGCUGUGGAUGCCUCUGGGGAAGGAGGUAAAGGUGAUGCAGUGUUGGAGAUGCAAGAACUACGGCCACAGGACAGGAGACAGGGAGUGUCCAUUCUUCAUUAAAGGCAACCAGAAACUAGAGCAGUUCAGAGUGGCUCAUGAAGACCCAAUGUACGACAUCAUUCGGGAAAACAAAAGGAAUGAAAAAGAAACCAGGAUCCAGCAGCUGCAGCAGAUGCUUCAGGACAGCACUUCCUCCAAUUCAGACAGCUCCUCCUCCUCUUCCUCUUCCUCUUCUUCCUCUUCCUCCUCCUCAUCUGACCACCAUCGAAGCAAGAAAAGGAAAAAGAGGAAGGACAAAAAGAAGAAAGACAAGAAGAAGAGAAAAAGGAAACGAAAGCACAAGUCCUCCAAAACCAGUGACUGCUCAGAUUCAGAUUGAGUGUUUGGAAUAUGCUGAUAUAUAUAUAUAUAUAUAUAUAUAUAUAUAUAUAUAUACUUGUAUGCUACAUGCUUUUAAACGUAGGAAGAGACUGAAUGAAGUACAGUAGCAGCUGUGGUCGAUCUUACGCAGUAGUGAAGUGUGUUCUGCAGCGGGCCUCAGUAAGAACUGCACUCUGAAGACCUUUUUAAGCCUUUUCUUUGCAAGUUGAAACUGUAAAACUGUAAGUCCACUGCGCAUGACUUCUCCCAGCCGUUUAAUUCGCUCCAGGGUGACAACUCGCAUUUGCAUCUUCUCUGUUGGAUUGUACAGCGCAGGGUCAUAUGGCCCAGCUGCUUAAGUAAGUGUGUGUACAUGUGCCUUGGUGCAUGUGUCAAAAAGCAUUAGCUGCAUGAUUCUUAAGUGAUAUAAAAUGAGCCCACUGGUGUAAGAGAUAAUGUUCUUUUACAGGGUCCAAUAAGAUAGCAUGUCAGCAAAUACAGUGUGUUAUUAAGAGAUUGUAUUUUCCACCAUAUUUUUGUAUCCCUGCCAUCUCGCUGGUAUUAAAUACUUUGAUUGUAGAGUGUGUUAAACGCAGAGAGGUGAAGAAAAAUGUCCAAAUUAAACGUUGGAGAACCGUUAGAAUUUGUCUUCUACACUAGCCAGAAUGUUUAAAUGCUUGUGAGUGUGCAUACACAUUUGAAAUGAUUUGAGGUUGGAAUAUGCUCAUUUGCUCUUAAAAAAAAAAA